CCAUGCCCACUACGUAAAAAAAUAAUGCGGAGUUGAAUGAAGGAAGGGAGCGAAGGGAGGAUCUUCUGCUCAUUCUAUUCCAGCUGGAGUUGUUUACAACAGCUGAGGAUAGGGUUACGCUUGCGUUUCCCCGAUGCGACAGCGACCCAAGCACCCGUUGAGGUGACUACCGUUCUCAAAACCACCUGCAAGACAUCGAAUCAAAGCGGCAAAAAUGCUGUCCAAGCUCGAAGAAGGCGUUGACACCACUCUGAGGCAAUCAGGCCUGUCAAUGAGGUCGGGUGCGAGUGCCGGGUCGUGGCUGGCUUAUCUCUUGCCGAUUGCCAUUAUCCAAGGGGCCUUCGUGCACCCCAGCGAGGAGUACAACGAGGCCGCCGUCUUCUCUUCCGGCCUGCUUGGGGCUUCGGUGGCCCUGGUCCUGCACCUGCAGGGCUGCCACGGCCCCACCCUGUCCAGAUUCAACCUGAUUUUUCUCGUGCCAUCCAUCGUAACAGCCCUCCUCUUCGUGUUUAUCAGCGGCAAAGGGUUUCUCAACAGUCUCCUAGCCGGGCUGUUUGCCAGUCUUCCCGUGAGCGUUGGUGUUCCAAUCGCUCUCCAGAACAUUCCAGGCACAUUUUCCUUUGGAGAAAUCGCAGUAGUGAUUCAGGGAGUGCUGCUCUUUAUCUUCACGUCGAUUGCAAACAUCUCCUCGAGGAUCAACCACGACCACUUUGAUUCCAUGGAGAAGUGCACGCUCAUUCUUCAGACUGCGCUGUUGGGGUUGUCUGUCAUUUGCAUUUUGGUGACUGCCUUUCCUGGACUGAGACAGCUGCGGCCCAUUUUGGCCUUAAUUGUUGGCAUCAUGGGAGGAGUCGUCCUCCCAGCGCUUUUCAUAAUUUUUAGGGAAAACCCUCUCCUCUGGAUACUCCAUUUCAUCACCGAUGACAUUCAGAGGGUCUAUUUGAUGGUCUACUGGGUUAUUUGCUGCUUUUUCGCAGUUUCUUCAGUCCGAGUUCAAGUUCAAAACAAGCAGCACGCAUCGUCGGCUGUCAGAAAAAUAUUCCACGUUCUCAUUCUUGCAGUUUAUCUGCCAGGCCUGGCGUGGGAAUGCACGCUGCUCUACCUUUCCAGUGGCGUUGCACUUGCAUUCCUCAUAUUAGCUGAGAUGGUCCGACUUUUAAAAUUGGGCCCUCUCGGAAGCUAUUUGCAAGAAGGGUUUGUGGUGUUUGCCGACGAGAAGGACAGUGGAGGCAUUUCACUGACGCCGAUCUACCUUUUGAUCGGCUGCUCUCUGCCAAUGUGGAUCCAUCCCUCCCGGUGCGCGUUGAGGGCCGCAGUCAUGUUGCCGGUGCUCUCAGGUCUUGUGUCUGUCGGAUGCGGCGACACCGCGGCCAGCGUUAUCGGCUCUCUUUUUGGCAAGAACAAGUGGCCAGGAUCUCACAAAUCCGUUGAAGGAUCUUUAGCUUGUGUGACUUCCCAGAUUGCACUUGUGAUUAUCCUCUCGUACAGCGGCAUGUUCCAGCUCACUUGGUUCCUGGCCUUGCGAUUGGCGGUCGCAGCGUUUGCCGUCACGAUCGUCGAAGCGAAGACGGAUCAAGUUGACAAUCUGGCUCUUCCGCUUGUACUCUACAUUUUGCUUGUGUAAAUUAGUAACGAUAAUGUCAUGACUUACCAAGAUGUGAUGUGCCUGGUGAUUUGAAUCAACACAGUAAGUAAACGAAUGUUUUAUUAUGUACAAAUUUUAGCCUGCAGUGAAAUAGCAUGGACAAAGACGCACAGUUCUGUUAACAUAUUAUUGGAUUUAUUUACUUAACGUUAACACAACAUUGCAUUUUGCAGAGUGAUUUUAUUCAAUUAGUCUCUAUAAGUCGAAGUGUUACUUGCGUGUUUUGGUCAGUUAAAUAUAUGCUGAAAAAACUAAA